AUGAAUAUUUUUGGAAAUCUAUUAAUCCAUUUUCUUUCUCUCUCUCUCUCUCUCUCUCUCUCUCUCUCUCUUUCUCUCUCUCUCUCGUCUCUAGAACACAGAUUCUCAAUUUUUCCACUUUUAUCAAUUUUCAAUACUUCUUUUCAAAAUUUGUCCAAUUUUUUAAUUUGUUUGUAUAUUUCUUUUUCUUUCUUUCUUUCUUUCUUUCUUUCUUUCUUUCUUUCUUUCUUUCCUCUGUUGCCGAAUUUAUUCUCUUUCUGUCUGUCUUUCUUUUCUUUCUUUCUUUCUUUCUUUCUUUCUUUCUUUCUUUCUGUCUUUUUUCCUUCUUUCUUUCUUUCUUUCUUUCUGACUUUCUUUCCUGCUUUCUUUCUUUCCUUAUUUCUUUCUUUCUUUCCCUCUCUCUCUCUUUCUUUCUUUCUUUCUUCUUUUCCUUCUUUCUUUCUUUUUGUCUUCUUUCUUUAUUUCUUUCUUCCUUUCAUUCUUUCUCCCUUUCCCUCUCUUUUUCUUUCCUUCUUUCUUUCUGUCUUUCUUUCCUUCUUUCUUUCUUUCUUCCUUCCUUCCUUUCUUUCUUCCUUCCUUUUUCCUUCUCUCUUUGUUUCUUUCCUUCUUUCUUUCUUUGUUUCUCUCUCUCUUUCUUUCUUUCUUUCUUUAACGUUCGUUUUCCUUGUCUUCUUACGAGAUCAUUUCUCCUCGUUUCCUCCGAUUCACCCUAGUUCAAUAAUUUUAAUGUAUUUUAUGUUUAUUCAUGUUUCCCUCCCAAAUAUGGCUUUCCAUCCAACUUUCCGUCUUUUUCCGUCUUUACCGUCUAUUUUGUUACUUUUUUCCCCUCUCGUUUACUGUAGCAACUGCAUUGCUAUUUUCCGUUUCCAGUUUCCAUCUUUUUUUUUAUUGUUCAUCAUUCAAUGGCAUUCUACCUCUUUUGUUUUUCAUUCAAGUCGUUUUAACUUCACUUCAACCAUUUUAUUUGUUUUCUUUUUUCAUUUCUUUGUCCCAUGUACCAAUUUUUCGCUCUCUUUUUUCCCAAUAUUUAAAUCUAUACAUGUUCUUUUGCCUUUCUCUAUAAGCUUUUUUUUUCUGUUUUCUUUCUUGUAUUUUUCUUUCAUUUUAUUUCUCCAUUUAAUAUUUUUGUGGAUAUUCCAUCAUACUUUCCUUCCUUCCUUCCUUCCUUCCUUCCUUCCUUCCUUCCUUCCUUCUUUUCUUCCUUUCUUCCUUUCUUUCCUGGCUCCUUCCUUCCUUCCUUCCUUCCUUUCUUCCUUCCUUCCUUCCUUCCGUCACUCUUUCCUUCCUUCCUUCCUUCCUUCGAUCGCUCUUUCCUUCCCAUUUUCCUUCCUUCCUUCCUCCGCUUUUUCUAUCCUUCCUUCCUUUCUUCCUUCGAUCGCUCUUUCCUUCUCUUUUUCCUUCCUUCCUUCCUUCCUUUCCUCGCUCUUUAUUUCCUUCCUUCCUUCCUUCCUUCCUUCCUUCCUUCCUUUUUUCCGCCGCUCUUUCCUUCCUUCCGUCGCUCUUUCCUUCCUUCCUUCCUUCCUUCCUUCAUUCAUUCAUUCCUUCCUUCCGUCGAUCUUUCCUUCCUUCCUUCCGUCGCUCUUUCUUUCCUUCCAUCGCUCUUUCCUUCCUUCCUUCCUUCCUUCCUUCCUUCCUUCCUUCCUUCCUUCCUUCCUUCCUACCUUUUCAACUUUUGUCACUUCUUUCAUUCUUUCUUCUGACUUCAAUUCUUUAUUACAGAUACCCCGUUCAUCCCAUUUAAUAGUCUUUACCUUUCUCUCCCUUCUCCACUCCUCUCUCUUCUCUCUCUCUCUCUCCCUCUCUCUGUCUCUUUCCGAGCAUAAACCUACCACCUUUCUUCUCUAUCAUCGAGGUCUCUUAAAUUUUUCUCACUCUUUCUUUGCAUUUCAAAUCCUUUUUUUCUUAACUGGUAAAACAUUCGGCUUUUUCGACUCCUUCUCUUUUCUGAAAAAUAUUUCUUUCUUUUCUUUUUUUUUAUUUUCUCCUCCUUUUCUCUCUAUCCGCACAGACCAUAUUCUCCAGACCCAAACAGUUACUUAG